AAUGAACAUCCAAGAACAAAUAGAUCGACGGCCUAAAAAUAGAGGUCCAACUUGUCGUUAUCUUGCUACCAACAGAAACAGCAUUUUCAAGGAUAUUCCAUUUGAACAGUUUAUUCCUCUAGCAUUUCACACCACAGUGCCUCAACUUCAAGCCGCUAACCUCGAUCAACUUGUCAAUCUUGUCUGUCAAAAAUAUAAAUCUGAUCUCUACAUUGAUUGGCAAAGAUAUUGCAAAGACUUAGGCUCGGAAGAGCAAAGGGUGAUAGCUACGCUUGAGGGCGCAUUUCAUUUCGCAGCGGAGAGUAUAUCAUCACUAGAGUAUCGAAAACUUUGGAAGUCAUCAUGUUGCUUGCUUUUGAGGGAUCUCGAAAACUUGAAGACAACCGCUGGCGAAACCACUGGCGAGAUUAGUGACCGGAAGCGCAAGCGCGGAGACGAUGAAAACUGUUCGAAUGCAUCAAACAGAUGCUAUGACGCAAAAAAGCCUAAAACCUCUCGCGACAUGUCAAUUGUUGAUGUUUCCGCCCGAGCCAUGCAUGCCCCCGAAACCGAUAACCUUCACAGACAACCAAUCUCUACUAUACCGCUAUCAUACUACCAAGAAACAUUCUACAAAAUAGUUCUUGCUAAGAUUACUAAGGUACCCGCCUUCAAAGAUAUCCUUGGAAGACGUCUCUAUGAAGAUGUGAUCAAGAGUAGGUCAAUAUCAUUGGGUGAUCCAGUUGUGCAACUGCAUAUGCCAGCAACGCCUGAUGAGGACUGUGUACUGCAGGUCUCAAUAAGUAUAUCGACUGGCAAGAUAAUUCUAGAUGGCAAAAACGGAUCGUUCGAGUUGAUCGAUGCCAUAGGUCAUUACCUUUUCCGGGCUAUGAUGAAAACCAAAUUGAGUGGAAGAGACACAGGGUUAAGAGGCACUAUAGGCUUGGACGGGCAUGAUUUGUUUCUGGCAAUAGAUUUCACGACAGGGAAACACAUGAUGAGUUUGGAGGCGCAGUCCACCUAGGUCUUUGGCGGUGCCAUUUUGUCCUUGCGUACUAGUUUGAAAUUUGUAUCUGCUACCAGAACGUUCGUGAAAGCAGGAACGAGUAUGUCUUCUGUAUCUUCUUUGGGCUGUCGCAAAUCGUCAAGAGUGGUGUUGCCGAGGCGUAUUUGCCCGUUCUUGCUCUCUUUCCAUGACAUGUAUCUAUCAUAAGCGACCGCCUUGAAAACGUGGUAUUCGAUGUAUUCGUAGUCACCGGAGGCAGUCUGCUCAGCCU